UUCAUAUUCAUAGUUAAAUAUUUGCUUUGAUAUAAACCGUGUUUGUAAUGUAGUAUACAUAUAAUGCUGGUCUAAUAUGUCUGCGUUUGAACAUGUAUAUAUUGAAACGUUUGACAAAAGAAACAAAACAAACAGAGUUUGAAGUAUGGACCUCAAGCUUAUUAAUCUCCGGCUAAGGCCUAGCUUCUUCAUCAUAUUCUCUCUUGUUCUCAUUUUACUUCUCAAAGACUCUGGUUUCGGAGCUGCAGCUAAUCCUAAAUGCAUAUCCACCGAGCGACAAGCUCUUCUCACCUUCAAAGCAUUACUCACUGAUCUUUCGGGUCGACUCUUUUCUUGGUCCGGACCUGAUUGCUGCAACUGGCCUGGUGUUCUCUGCGAUACCCGGACCAGCCGCGUUGUCAAGAUUGAUCUUAGAAACCCAGUUCAAGACGUUCGCUCCGAUGAGUACAAAAGAAGUUGCUUGCGAGGGAAGUUACAUCCGUCUUUGACCAGUCUCAAGUUCUUGAGCUAUCUGGACUUGAGUUCAAACGAUUUUGGUGGACUGGAGAUCCCCGGAUUUCUCGGCCAAAUCGUUACCCUAAGGUACCUGAAUCUUUCUUCCUCCUCGUUUUCCGGCGAAAUUCCUGCUAAUCUUGAGAAUUUGUCGAAGCUGGAGUCCCUUGAUCUGAACGCUGAGUCAUUUGGUGACUCUGGUACGUUUUCUCUACGCGCAAGCAACCUCGGGUGGAUUUCGGGUCUGUCUUCUUCUCUGAAGUACCUCAACAUGGGGUAUGUGAAUCUGAGCAGCGCCGGUGAAACCUGGUUAGAGAAUUUCAGCAGAGUCACGACGCUAAAAGAGUUGCGCUUGUUCAAUUGUGAGAUCAAGAAAUUACCUCUCUUGUUGUCCUCCUCUGCAAGUCUGAAGCACCUUGAAGUUCUUGAUUUGUCUGAAACCUCUCUCAAUUCGCCAAUACCCAGCUGGCUAUUUGGUCUCACCAACCUCAGAAAGCUAUCCCUCAGGUGGUGUUUUCUUGAGGGUUCAAUUCCUACCGGGUUCAAGAACUUGAAGCUUCUAGAGACACUUGAUCUGUCGAAUAAUCUGGCCCUCCAGGGAGAGAUUCCAUCGGUUCUUGGAGACCUUUCUCGACUGAAGUUUCUUGACCUUUCUGCAAACGAACUCAAUGGUCAAAUUAAUGGUUUCUUAGACGCCUACUCCAGAAGAAAAGGCAACAGCUUGGAAUUUCUCGAUCUCAGUUCCAACAAGUUAGUUGGGACAUUGCCCGAGUCGCUUGGAACGUUGAGGAAUCUGCAGAUUCUGGAUCUUUCAUCAAAUUCCUUCACGGGUUCGAUCCCUUCCUCUAUAGGAAACAUGGCGUCACUGAAGAAACUUGAUCUUUCAUACAAUGCCAUGAACGGGUCAAUCCCAGAAAGCUUGGGGAAGCUUGCAGAGCUUGUGGAUUUAAAUUUGAUGGCAAAUACAUGGGAAGGUGUUCUACUAAAGUCUCAUUUCGUGAAUCUCAAAAGCUUGAAAACCAUUCGUCUCACAACUGAACCAUACAGAUCUCUUAUCUUCAAGUUACCAUCUACUUGGGUUCCUCCUUUCAGACUGGAGUCAAUCCAAAUCGAGAACUGCCAGAUCGGUUUGUUUUCAAUGUGGCUUCAAGUACAGACCAAGCUCAACUUCAUCACACUCAGAAACACUGGAAUCGAAGACACAAUACCUGAUAGCUGGUUUUCAGGAAUCUCUUCUGAGGUAACUUACCUGGUUUUAGCAAACAACAGAAUCAAAGGUAGAUUACCUCAAAAUCUUGCGUUCCCAAAGUUAAACACCAUUGAUUUGAGCUCCAACAACUUUGAAGGCCCUUUUCCUCUCUGGUCAACAAACGCAACGGAGCUUCGUCUUUACGAGAACAACUUCUCAGGUUCUCUUCCUCAGAACAUUGAUGUCUUGAUGCCAGGAAUUCAAAAAAUCUACCUCUUUCAUAAUAGCUUCACCGGCAAAAUCCCAUCAUCUCUAUGUGAUAUCUCCGGGCUGCAGAUUCUGUCUCUAAGGAAGAACCAUUUCUCUGGUAGUUUUCCAAAUUGUUGGCACCGGCAGUUCAUGCUUUGGGGAAUUGAUGCUUCUGAGAAUAACUUAUCAGGCGAAAUACCAGCGGCUUUAAGUCUGUUACCUUCUCUCAGUGUCUUGCUUCUGAACCAAAAUGCAUUGGAAGGUAAAAUCCCAGAGAGUCUUCAGAAUUGCUCUGGCCUUACGAGCAUUGAUCUUGGAGGAAACAAGCUGACCGGGAAGCUUCCUUCAUGGGUAGGAAAGUUGUCUUCUCUGUUCAUGCUUCGUCUGCAAAGUAACUCCUUCACUGGUCCAAUCCCAGAUGAACUCUGCAGCGUUCCUAAUCUACGCAUUCUGGAUCUCUCCGGAAACAAGAUCUCGGGCCCAAUUCCAAAAUGCAUCAGCAAUCUCACAGCUAUUGCUCGAGGUACAAACAAUGAGGUGUUCGAGAAUCUAGUCUUCAUUGUGACAAGAGCUCGUGAAUACCAAGACAUAGUCAAUAGCAUAAACCUUUCAGGAAACAACAUAAGUGGAAGGAUCCCAGGAGAAAUUUUAGGCCUCUCGUAUCUUCGAAUCCUUAAUUUAUCCAGAAACUCCAUGGCAGGAAGCAUUCCCGAGAAAAUUUCAGAACUGAGUCGCUUGGAGGCGCUUGAUCUAUCAAGAAACAAGUUUUCUGGAGCCAUUCCUCAGAGCUUAGCAGCAAUAUCUUCUCUGCAAAAGCUGAAUCUUUCGUUCAAUAAACUGGAGGGGAGCAUACCUAAGCUUCUCAAGUUUCAAGAUCCGUCCAUUUACACUGGAAAUGAGUUACUCUGUGGGAAACCACUUCCCAAAAAGUGUCCAAAAGACAUUAAUAGCAAAAUGUUGUAGUGAACUGAGAAUAAGGUGCUAAGAAGUACCUUUGCAAGAUAAUGUACCUGCCCAUAUACCAACAAUAAUAAAUUUAUCAGCUUUAAGCUGGCCAUGUUGCAACCAAUUACUCAGGGACUCAAGCCUUGUAAGACAAAUCAUGCAAUGAGCAAUGAAAGUUUCAGGUGACAUUUCCGAAUAAAACUUGAAAGUUUAAGAAUACUUCCUGCACCAAUUACAACUACCUGACCAACUUACAAGAAGAGCAGCAUCACUUGCAAAAAGCAACCAACUAUUUCAAAUCUUAUAAUGUAAAACUUAAAAAUGAUUCAGGUCGAACAAGAACAUUGCAUACUGGCAAACAACACAAAAGCUAAGCAAAGAGACAGUGAAUUGUAUAGAAAUGCCCACUUGGCUUAAAGCACUAAAAGGACUUAACUUAACACUGUGUGGGAAUAGAAAUAGAACUAAUCCUCAAUUUUCUUCUCACAUAUUGAUCAUUCACUUGAAAAUAGUAUUGAGGACGAAGAUACAACUGCUUAUAAAUUAUCAAAUCGAUGAAAAGCACACAUUAUUAUCGAGACUAAGAACCACCUAACCUGCUAUGCACACAUUCUGAGCUACAACCCAAAAGAAAUUCACAAGUUUAGAGUGAAGAUGAGCAGAUUCUAAGACCAAUACUCAUAAAUCAUCAUCAUCAUCAUCAUCAUAAAAAUUAAUAAUCUCGGAACAAUUCCACAAGUAGCAAAUACAGUUGUACACUAUCAAUUGGACAAUGUAAUAGAGCUUACAGAUUCAGCAAGCAACCACCUGAGAGCUAAGAUCAAUUGAAAGAGAUGUCAAAAUUAGAGAGCUUUUUCUCUACAUCCAGCGAUGCAAAGCGAAAAAGCUUUGUUUUUUACCGUGGAAGAGAGAGAGAGAACAAAGUACAAAGGAGGAGUCCG